UGACCUAAGAAAGCAGUGCGUAUAGCAACGAGGUUGUUCGGAGCGAAACUAUACUUCUUUGAUAUGCUCCGACCAAUCGGCCUUGCGCUUCGACAGGUUACUUCCUCUUCGUGCCACAACCUCCAUGUCCGGCGGCGGACUUGCUCCGGGACAUUUGUUAAUCCAUUCCGUUCAUUCCGAUGCUACAAUACAAUCCCCAAUCUAUCGAACUUACAUCCAAACCUACGAGCAUGUUCUUCUCAUCGGUCUUUUUCAUCAAGUUCUAAAGUGAAUCAAUGUAGACACUUCACCACCGCCGCUUCGGCCUCCACGGCUGCCGUCGAGCAGCUGAAUUACGACCGAAGUAACGCUAUAGCGGAUACCAUAGACGCAUAUUCAGCAAUAGAGCUCGCCCUUGAUUCUGUUGUUAAGAUAUUUACUGUGUCGAGUAGCCCUAAUUACUUUCUUCCUUGGCAAAACAAGUCCCAGCGUGAAUCUAUGGGUUCAGGGUUUGUUAUAUCUGGGAAGAGGAUUGUGACGAAUGCUCAUGUAGUGGCUGAUCACACAUUUGUACUUGUUAGAAAACAUGGUUCUCCUACCAAGUAUAGGGCAGAAGUUAAAGCUGUAGGUCAUGAAUGUGAUCUGGCUAUUCUUGUUGUUGAGAGUGAUGAAUUCUGGGAAGGUAUGAAGUUCUUGGAGCUGGGAGACAUUCCAUUUAUGCAAGAAGCUGUUGCUGUUGUUGGAUAUCCUCAAGGUGGCGACAACAUCUCUGUGACAAAAGGGGUAGUCUCAAGAGUUGAACCUACACAAUAUGUACAUGGAGCCACUCAACUAUUGGCAAUACAGAUAGAUGCAGCCAUAAAUCCUGGAAAUAGUGGAGGACCUGCAAUCAUGGGUGACAAGGUUGCUGGAGUGGCAUUUCAAAACCUCUCUGGAGCAGAGAAUAUAGGUUACAUAAUUCCUGUGCCUGUGAUAAAACAUUUUGUUGAUGGUGUUGAAGCUAGUGGAAGUUAUUCCGGUUUCUGUUCUCUUGGCUUGUCAUGCCAGCCUACUGAAAACAUUCAACUUCGUGAAUAUUUCAACAUGCGCCCUGAGUUGACCGGGGUUCUUGUGAGUAAGAUCAACCCGCUUUCAGAUGCGUAUAGGGUGUUAAAGAAAGACGAUAUCGUCCUUGCAUUUGAUGGUGUUCCUAUAGCAAAUGAUGGAACAGUUCCUUUCCGGAAUCGGGAGCGAAUAACAUUUGAUCAUCUGGUGUCAAUGAAGAAACCAAAUGAGACUGCUGUGAUUAGAGUAUUGAGAAACGGUGAAGAGCUUGAGCUGACAGUUACACUUCGUCCAUUGAAGCCACUUGUACCCAUCCACCAGUUUGAUAAAGUUCCUAGUUAUUUUGUAUUUGCUGGUUUGGUUUUUAUCCCAUUGAGUCAACCUUACCUUCAUGAACAUGGAGAAGACUGGUAUAAUACAUCGCCACGUAGACUUUGUGAACGUGCAUUAAGGGAGCUACCUCAAAAGCCUGGAGAAGAGCUUGUUAUUUUAUCUCAGGUCUUGAUGGAUGAUAUCAAUGUUGGAUAUGAGCGUCUUGCUGAUUUACAGGUUAAGAAGGUUAAUGGUGUUGAUGUUAAUAACUUGAAACAUUUGUGCCAACUUGUUCAAGAGUGCAAAGAAGAGGAAGUGAGGUUGGAUUUGGAUGAUGAGAGAGUGAUAGUUUUGAAUUAUGAAAGGGCAAGAACAGCUACUUCUCAUAUCUUAAAGCGACAUAGAAUACCUUCUGCUAUGUCUAUUGACCUAUUAACCCCCGAUACCACAGCUCAGUGAGUUUUGUUUUAUGUACUAUUUAGGUUUAGAUUCUUUUUUCAUUGUUAAAGUAUUGUUUACCGCAGUUACUCUGAU